UAAAAAAAUUCCUCCGCCACGGAAAGUUAAAGAACCUGUAUUGGAACCAAUUCUAGCUUUGUUUAAAAACACACUUUUAGCUAAACAAUUCUUUAAUGUGAUUGUUUAAACGCAAGGUGUGGUUUUAGUGAGUAAAUAUUUAAGAGGUUUGUAAUUUGCGGUGAUAGCACAUAAUAUAGAUCCACCCGUAGGGUUUGCGGAAGAACACCUCUGUCUGCGACCAGUGACUGGGACGAAAGAAGAGAGAAGUUCAGAAAGUUUGAUCACGGCACAGCCAAGCGAAGAAAAAACCUUUAAAUGAGGACAGAACUGUACGGAUAUAUGUGAUCAAACGAGUGGUUCUGACAGAAGAAGACAGCUUAUCCACUGAAUAUAGUUUAUUUUCGGACUCUUGGCCGUCUGAUUAGAAAUCAUUCAUAGAUUCGUUGCGCUUUAACCUGAGACGGAGCACAGCCUCGCGCUGGCGACUCUAUGUGGAUUUUACAAAAAAUAUGGGCCAAUUACCCAUUGUCUCUUCCGGCAAAGUCAUUCUCCUUGUUAUUUGCUGCCUUAAAUUAUCAUUUGCUCUGCAGUGUGUCGAUCCUGUGAAGCCUUGUGUGAACAAUGCUACCUGUUUCACCUUCAACAAUGGAACAGGCUACUGCAGGUGCUCUCCUGGUUUCUUGGGUGAAUACUGCCAGCACAGGGACCCGUGUUAUGUAGGUUUUUGUCAGAAUGGAGGCGAAUGCACAGUGAGCGUGACUGGAGUUCCUGGAAGCCCCAGCUGCACUUGUCCUCUGGGCUUUACCGGCAACCGUUGCGAAAUCCAGAAAAACUCAACCUGUUACCCUAACAACCCAUGCAGCAAUGGUGGGACGUGCUCGCUCCUCCCCAAUGACCAGUUCAAAUGCCAGUGUGGCCGUGGAUGGACAGGUCAACAUUGUGAACGUGAGGACACCUGUCUGUCGAGUCCAUGUGCCAAUGGAGGCAUCUGCCAGGCUCUGCCCAACCGGGAUUUCUCUUGUACCUGUCCCCCUGGAUACCAUGGCCCUCGUUGUCUUAACGACACCGAUGAGUGCGCCGCUACCCCUUCUCCGUGCAAGAAUGAAGGCAUCUGUUUGAACACACCAGGGUCGUAUCGAUGUAACUGCCCACCAAAUUUUACAGGCCGUCACUGCGAGUCGGCUUACGUACCGUGCUCUCCAUCUCCCUGCUACAAUGGUGGAACAUGCCGCCAGAUGACGGAUACAACUUACGUAUGCCACUGCCUUCCAGGUUUUAAUGGAACAAACUGUGAGGUGAACAUCGAUGACUGUCCGAAUCACAAGUGUCAGAAUGGAGGAAUCUGCAUGGAUGGAGUAAACACUUACAAUUGCCAAUGCCCAGCUGAAUGGACUGGUCAGUUUUGCACCAAUGACGUGGAUGAAUGCAGGAUGCAGCCCAACACCUGUCAGAAUGGAGGCACGUGCAGUAACACACUGAACGGAUACAACUGCGUUUGUGUGAACGGCUGGAGUGGCCCCGACUGUUCCGAGAACAUCGAUGACUGUGCUGGAUCGUCAUGUACCGCUGGAUCCACCUGCAUUGAUCGUGUUGCGUCUUUCGUCUGCAGCUGCCCCCCUGGCAAAACUGGCUUGCUGUGUCACAUUGAUGAUGCCUGCAUCAGUAACCCUUGCAAGAUGGGUGCACAGUGCGACACAAACCCAGUCAACGGCAAGUUUAACUGUAACUGCGCCUCGGGAUACAAAGGCAGCACCUGUGCGGACGACAUCGAUGAGUGUGUCAUCGGGCCAAACCCAUGUGAACAUGGUGGAACGUGUAAAAACACAGAGGGCUCGUUCACCUGUAAUUGUGCUCCGGGCUACGAAGGCCCCCGCUGUGAGGUAGACAUAAACGAAUGUGGCUCCAGUCCUUGCCAGAAUGACGCCACCUGCUUGGACCAGAUAGGAGGUUACACCUGCAUCUGUAUGCCAGGCUUUACGGGAGAUUACUGUGAGAAUGACAUUAAGGAGUGUGCCAGUUCGCCUUGCCUCAACAAUGGCAAAUGUGUGGACCAGGUCAACCAAUUCAUCUGCAUGUGUCCUCAGGGUUUCACUGGGGAAGUGUGUCAGAUUGACAUUGAUGAGUGUGCCAGCACUCCGUGCCAAAAUGGGGCCAAGUGUGUAGACCGACCUAACGGCUAUGAGUGUGAAUGUGCUGAAGGUUACACAGGGCCGCUGUGUAUGGAGAACAUCAAUGACUGUGAACCAGCUCCCUGCCACCAUGGUGAAUGUAUAGAUGGGAUUGCAUCAUAUUUCUGCAGAUGUUACCCGGGUUACACGGGUCGCAUCUGCAAUGAUCAAAUAAGGGAGUGCCUGAGUGACCCCUGCCAAAAUGGUGGACGCUGCCUUGACAUGGUCAACAUGUACCAAUGCAAUUGCCUGCCAGGAACCUCAGGUGUGAACUGUGAGAUUAACCAUGAUGACUGUGCCAGUAAUCCCUGCCAGCACGGAAUCUGUGAGGAUGGAAUCAAUGAGUACAAAUGUGUGUGCGAACCUGGAUACACAGGGGAGAGAUGCAAUGUGGAGAUAAACGAGUGCAACUCAAUGCCAUGUCUGAGCGGUGGGACCUGUGUGGACAAGAUCAACGGCUUUCAGUGUUUGUGUCCGGCUGGGACGCAUGGUCCUCUGUGUCACACUGGUGCAGACUACUGCAGCCCCCAGCCUUGCCAGCACGGAGAGUGUGUUGAGCUGCAGAAUGGGUACCGCUGUGCAUGUGAGGCUGGCUGGGAUGGAAAGAACUGUGAACGGAAAAAGAACGAGUGUCAGUCGAACCCCUGCGAGAAUGGUGGAACCUGUCAUGACCGUCUAAACGGCUACACCUGUGUGUGCCCCCGUGGAUUUGGAGGUUUCAACUGUGAUAUAGAUAUAAAUGAAUGUCAUUCAAGCCCUUGUUUAAAUCAGGGAACCUGCUUGAAUCAAAUCAACAGCUACACUUGCCUCUGCACUCUACCUUUCACAGGGAAACACUGUGAGGAGAAGUUGAUCCCAUGUGCGUCUCAACCCUGCCAGAGAGGAGGCACAUGUCGACCGUCCCAGGAUUACACCUCAUACACCUGCACGUGCCUCAGUGGCUGGGAAGGAGCCCAAUGUACAGAUGAUGUAAACGAAUGCAGGAAGAACCCAUGUCAGAACGGGGCUCGGUGUAUCAACACAGUGGGCAGCUAUCGCUGCGAAUGCCAGCCUGGAUACACUGGAGUCAACUGCCAGACCAACAUUGAUGACUGCAUCUCCAAUCCUUGCCGUAAUGGUGGUACUUGUGUAGAUAAGGUGGGGCGUUUCUUGUGCGAGUGCAGGGCUGGUUUCCAUGGGGAGCGUUGUGAGGAGGAACUGGACGAGUGCAUCAGCUCCCCCUGCAGGAACGGAGGCCGCUGCACGGACUACGUGAACAGCUACACAUGCGAGUGCCCGCCGGGAUUUGAUGGGAUCAACUGUGAACGCGAUAUCCCAGAUUGCACCGACACCUCCUGUCUCAACAACGGAUCGUGUGUGGAUGGAAUUAAUCGUUUCUACUGCCGCUGUCGACGUGGUUUUUCGGGUCAGUUUUGCCAGUUUGAGCUGAACGAGUGUGACUCUCAGCCCUGUAAAAAUGGUGGCACCUGCAUAGAUGGCUUGGGGACGUUCCACUGCACCUGCCCAUUGAUGUACACUGGAAAAACCUGCGAGUCAAUAGUGAAUGUAUGCAGUCAGAUUAAGUGUCAGAAUGGAGGUACAUGCAUCCAGAAGGAGAUGGAUUGGAGGUGCAGUUGUAUUCCUGGGUGGACAGGCCUGUACUGCGACAUCCCCAGCAUGUCUUGCCAGGCUGUUGCCAUCAACAAGGGUGUGAUGCGGGACAAGGUAUGUAAGAAUGCGGGACGCUGCGUGGACAAAGGCAACACACACGAGUGUCGGUGUCAGAUAGGUUACACUGGCAGUUACUGUGAGCUGCCCGUGGAUGAGUGCUUGUCCAACCCUUGCAGGAAUGGAGGGACGUGUACGGAUUAUCAGGGAGGAUAUGAUUGCCAGUGUAAAGCAGGUUAUCAGGGUGUGAACUGCGAAUAUGAUGUUAAUGAGUGCCAGUCAAAUCCUUGUCUCCACGGAGGCACCUGCAUUAACCUGGUCAACAGUUUCUCCUGUGCAUGUCCUCACGGCACCAAAGGUUUGCGGUGUGAAGUGGACAUAAAUGAGUGUGCCUCAGAGUUGAACCCGAGCUGUCUGAACGGUGGGCAGUGUGUGGAUGGUUUGGGCCGGUACACCUGCUCCUGUCCUCCUGGUUUUACCGGAAUGCAUUGUGAGGGUGAUGUAAAUGAAUGUCUGUCUGGACCGUGCCAUCCCCCUGGCACAGUCGACUGCGUCCCACUCGCCAAUGACUAUCAGUGCCGCUGCCGUCUUGGUUACACAGGUCGACACUGUGAGUCAAUGGUGGAUCUGUGCCAGUCCAAGCCGUGCCACCACAACGGCAAAUGUUCGAUGAACAUGAGUUCAGGGCAUGGAUACAGCUGCACCUGUCAGCCUGGUUUCACUGGAUUCAACUGUGGCGACUACAUCUGUGACAUUCAUUGUCAGAAUGGUGGGCAGUGCGUCGAUGUGCAGGGGCGCCCACAAUGCCAGUGCAGAAACGGUUUUAUUGGCCAGCGCUGCGAGAUCUUUUGCAUGUGUCAUAACGGAGGUACCUGUAUCCCAGAUCCAUGGGAUUCCAACAAGUUUAGCUGUCGCUGUGCACCUGGAUACAGUGGGGCGGACUGUCAGAUUCUCACUAACAUUUAUCCUACCUGCCCAUAUGUGGAGUGUAAGCAACGGGCAGGAGACAACGUAUGUGACCCGCAGUGUAAAAACAAAGAAUGCGAGUGGGACGGAGGCGACUGUUCGCUGCGCUGGAAAAAGACCUGGGGGAACUGCAAAGCCUCUGUGCCCUGCUGGGAUUUAUUCCGUAAUGGAAAGUGUGACCCAGAAUGUAACAAUGCUGGCUGCCUUUUCGAUAGCUUUGAAUGCCAGAAAGGUCCCGCGAAAGACCCGAAAACUUGCAGAUAUGACCAAUACUGUGCAGACCAUUAUGACAAUGGCCAUUGUAACCAGGGUUGUAACACAGAAGAAUGUGGCUGGGACGGUCUGGACUGCGUUACGGACACUACUCCCAAACUGGCAGACGGCACGCUCGUAAUCGUGGUGUUGCUGCAGCCCAAAGAGCUGCUGGAUGACAUAAGAGGUUUCUUGCGCUCUUUGGGGACAAUCCUGCACACCAACCUGCGGGUGAAGCAGGACGAACACCAGAAACCCAUGGUGUACCCUUAUUAUGGGAACGAGGACGACAACUUGAAAGAUGGUGUCGGCACGAUGAAGCAACGUGGAAAACGAGAGCUGGGGAGAGAGGUCAUUGGAUCAAAGGUUUUUCUGGAGAUUGACAAUCGUCAGUGUUUCCAGCACUCGAAUGCAUGCAUCUCCAACACAGACCAAGCCGCGUCCUUCAUAGUUGCCGAGUACCUGACGUCUGAGCUGCCGUACCCCCUGGAGUCCGUCGAUAGUAUCCCACGCCCAACCCCACCCCCUUUUAUGUAUUUGAUUGCUGUGGCAGCAGCUAUCAUCUUGCUCAUACUGGUUUUGGGUGUAUUGGCUGCCAAGCGCAAACGCAAGCAUGGAACUUUAUGGCUUCCUGAUGGCUUUUUGGCAAAGAAGGACAGCAAACGCAGAGAACCAGUGGGCCAGGAUGAUUUUGGCAUGAAGAACAUGCAAAAACCACAGGAUGUAGGGAUGAUGGAUGGCAGCUCUACGCACCACUGGUCAGAGGAGGAUCAUCUGUCAUCUAAACAACCCAGGAUGGAGGAUAAGCCCCUGCUUCCUAUUGGAGUGGAUGGAGGGGUGGACCGGAGGGAAUGGACCCCGCAGCAUCACAAAGCUGCUGACAUCACACUUACCCCUCCUCAGGCUGACAUAGAUAUGGACAGCCUGGAUGUCAAUGUCAAAGGACCAGAUGGGUUCACUCCUCUCAUGCUGGCAUCAUUGCGGAAUGGCAGCAGUCCGGAUUGUGGCAGCAUGCUGGGUGAUGAAGAGGAGGAAAGUGGUGCAGACGAGCCUGGCCCAAAUGUUAUCACCGACCUUAUCGGACAGGGCGCGUCACUCAAUGCCCAAACUGAUCGCACAGGAGAGACGGCCCUUCAUCUUGCUGCACGAUACGCUCGUGCCGAUGCUGCCAAAAGGCUGCUGGAUGCCGGCGCCGAUGCCAACGCUCAUGAUAACAUGGGCCGCACCCCUCUGCAUGCCGCCGUGGCAGCAGAUGCCCAGGGAGUCUUUCAGAUUCUUAUCCGUAACCGGGCCACAGAUCUUGAUGCCCGCAUGAAUGAUGGCACCACACCACUUAUCCUGGCAGCCAGACUGGCAGUGGAGGGCAUGGUAGAGGAAUUAGUGCACUGCCAUGCAGAUGUCAAUGCUGUGGACGACCAUGGUAAGUCGGCUUUGCAUUGGGCAGCUGCUGUCAAUAACGUAGAAGCCACACUUGUGCUACUGAAAAAUGGAGCAAACAGAGACAUGCAGGACAACAAGGAGGAGACCCCCUUAUUCCUGGCAGCCAGAGAAGGCAGUUUUGAAGCAGCUCAAGUCCUACUAGAUCACUAUUCAAACCGCGAUAUCACCGACCACCUUGACCGUCUACCGCGUGAUACUGCCCAGGAGCGGAUGCAUCAUGACAUUGUGCGUCUGCUGGAUCAGUACAACCUGGUGCACAGCCCACAUUCCGGGCCUAACCACAUCGGCAACGGCGGAGGGCACUCUUCCAUGGUCUGCGGGGCGAAUGGAAAUGGAUUCAUUGGUAUGCGUCCAGGACCGCAGGGCAAAAAGAAUCGGCGAGGUGGAGCCAAAGCGGGCGGCGUUACGGCUGGGACAGCCAAAGACCUGAAAGAAAUGAAAGCUAAGAGGCGGAAGAAGCCCGCUGGAGGAGAGGGACCGGGUGUAGUUGCACCGGCCGGAGCUGUGGGGAAUGGCACCAAACCUGCCGGCGGUCUCUCCGAGAGCUCAGUCACCAUGUCACCUGUGGAUUCCCUGGAGUCUCCGCACUCGUAUGCCGGAGAGACGGCCGUCACAUCCAAUACGGCCAAUUCUCCCCCUCUGCUAAGCAGCCCAUCCGUAAGGCCCAUGCUGCCCCCUGUCAGUCACAUGCUGGGCCAGCAGCAGAGCUGGGCCAAUCUGGCCAAACAUGGCUACAACGGCCACAUGUUUAGCCUCAUGCAGCCCCACCAGAUGAGCACAGGCCACACAGGCAUGCAGCAGCACCACAACCCCGGCAUGCUCACCCCGAUGAAUGUCACCAUGAGCCGAGAACAGCUGCCACCCAUCGUCACCUUCCAGAUGAUGACAACAGGUGGCCCAAACAUCCACAAGCAAGCGCAACAAGGGCAGAUGCAGGCACAGGGCCAAAACCAGGGCCAGGUCCGUGCACAACCAGGCCAGCACCUGCAUUGCAACCAGAGUUUGAUGUACCCCAUUUCUGACGUAGGAAUGCAGCACGGCCUCUCACACACCCUCCAUGGUCACAACCACGCCCUCUCACACGGGCACGGUCUGGGGGAUGGGCAGGCGCGACAGGUGGCGUCCUAUCAGCCACGCCAGAGCCCUGUGGAUAAAUAUCCCACCCCACCUUCCCAACACAGCUAUGCCCCUGCUGGCUCUGAGGGAACCACCCCGGGUCAUCCGGCACACCCCACCAGCGAACACCUACCCUACCUCACCCCAUCGCCCGAAUCACCCGACCCCUGGUCCUCCUCCUCUCCCCACUCCAAUUCAGACUGGUCCGAUGUCACCACAAGUCCCACCCCUCUAGGAAACACCCAUUCAAUGCCUCCUUCCUGCCACACACACAUUCCCGAACAGGCUCAGCUGCAGGCCCAGUCUGUGCAGCCUGCGCAGUCCCAGCAGCCGCAGCGCAGCAGCGUGUAUGCGUAGGAAUAUGGACCUCGGUGGUGUACUCUAACCUUUUAAGUUUAAUCGCACCCCCAUUUUUAUUUUUUAUUUUUCCUGUCACGGGAGUAGCCAACAAUCAGUCUUCCUCUUAUUUUCUGCUCUGCAUGUACCAGUCGACUUUUUUUGACCCUUUUGUUGGACUAUAAAAUUGGAUCACGGAUGUCUUUCAAGCAGAAAAAAAACACUUUUAGGAUGUUCAACUGUUACACAUGGACAAUCACACUGCCAAGUUAUCUACUGUUACUGUCCCAUUGUGGAGUUUUUACAUAUUGAAGGAAAUUUUCUCAUUUAAUUUGCAUUCUCUUAUUGUUGCUAAAGCCAGAUAUGCUUAGGUGGUACCAAUCUGCAUGUGUUCUCACGAGUUUUUCUUUAAAUCAGCCUAAAUCGAUGAAAUCGGUGGUACUUUUUUCUGGUGUUGUGUUUAGAUUGGAAGCAUGAAUGUGUAUGUCAUGCCCACAUACAUCUCAUUCAUAUGUGGUUCAGAGCUAAAUUGCGGUGUAAAUAGUUAAAUGUCUCUUAAAAUGUUACUUUGUAUGUAUUUCGUUGUCUGUUACUAUGUAUCUUCUGCCGUGCCAAUGAUUUUAAGAGUUAAAAUGAGGUGUGUAAAUACAAAAUGGUUGAACUUUGUUUCUGGUAUGCAGUAUUCUGUGGCUUCACCAAUAUGACCGACGCGGGUUAGGAGAGGAAUUCAAGCAAAAAGAAGAGGUUUGGACAAAUAUCACAUGUGCCUUUUACAAUGUAUUUGUAAUCAUUGUUACUAUAUUUUGGUUGCUUUCAUCCUGCCUGGUGUUAUAUUAAUAUUCUGGGCAGUUUUUCUGGUUCUCUUUGUGUUUUUAUUUACUGUACGUGUCUUUAAAUACAUGUAUUCUAUGUAUUUUCUUUAUUGUAAUUACAAUCAGUUUGUCUGUGCAACCGUUCAAAUCACUUGGUAAUUAAGAAAUCAUACUUUAUACGAUUUAAAUGUAUUGUUUAUGAUUGAUGUUUUUCAGCAAAGCUUUAUACGCCUGAUUAGUACAAUCACAAUUUUCUGUGUUUUGCACAAUAAAGCCCCUGCAUCUCGUGAACACCAAAUAAACACUCACAAUAGUAUUUAGAAAGCCAUGCGUACAUUAGGCAGAGUAAUGAUGAAAUACUCCUAAAGGUCUUAUUAACUUUCGGUAUGUUGUGUUUGUUCUAAUGGGUGACUUAGUGAUUUUGUAUGGUCCAGGUCAAUAUUAAGCAAGUUUUUGCGUAAACAACUUUUUUGUUAUUUUGUAGUCUCCAAAAAAACUGGUAUCAUUAUGUGCCUGUGAUGCAAAAUGUUCUCACAACCCUCUUAUAGCACUUAUGACCCCAUUAACAGUCUAAGUAGUGUACUGAAAUCUGAAUUAGUUUGUCUACCAAAUAAAGAUCAUCGCAAAGCUUCCGGACCAUCGUAUUUUCACCCAAAUGUUAUGCAAAGCUAUUUUUUAUAAGUGCUGUAUAUAGUUGUUUUUAUGCAUAUUGUACCUUCUUUUCCUGUUCACCAAAUAUAUGCAUACUAUAUGCUAGAAUGAAGUAAUUGUUUUGUCUUAGUAUUUUGUAGAUGAAAAUUUGAUUGAAAGAACAAAUGUCUGUAUUGGAAAUAAACCAAACAAAUUGUGGAUUACAAUAGUGGUGAAUCACACAAAUAAAGGAAAAGCCUUACAAAUGUA